GGCACUGACCAGUCCACUCUUGGCGUAUGUAACCUAACCUAACCUAAUUUGCAUUGUCGUGCUGGAUGUGCGAGCGAGACGAUCGCAGCAGAGAUCGCGGUGAAUAGCGCGUCGAAGCGAGAUAAGCGAAGAUGGCAAAUGAGCAUCAGAGAUUAUUGGAACACUUAGAAAAAGUUGAAAACAAAGCUGGUGAAAUUCUUACUGAUCGCGAGGAAAUAGUCGCUCUAGACAAGAGAAGAAAUGAUGAUCGGGUUGGAAUGAGAGCACUUCAAAAACAGUCGCAUGAAAAAACAUGGAUAACAGUAGGACCGUUGCUUUUAAAGAUGCCAUCUAAAGCGGCUGAAGAACUACUUGAGAAAGAUCAGCAAGAAUGUGGUACUGCCAUUAAUAAGCUAAGAAGCGACUUAAAGGUAAAAGUAAAUGAAUUACGUGAUUUAGAGUUAACUCCACCUGUACCUGGAUUAAUGUUAGAACCUAUGUCUCGCAAAGAGAUGAAUGCAAUCGGGCAAAUCUUCGGUCGAAGUGUCUAAUAUUUAAUAUAAAGUUUUUUUGUUCAAUACAGUGUAAUUAGAAAUAGCAUAAAUGUAUGAGCUUAAAAUAUUUAAAUCUAAUUACAAACUUUUGUAUAAAAUAUAAAAUAAUUAUAUCUAAAAAGUUAUUAUUUCUCACAAGCAUUUAUUUCAAAAUAAAUCAUAUUCGUCACUUCAAUGAAUGAGGAGUAAAAUAAUGUUUUUUCUUUUAACAUUUUUAAAAUUUGGUUAGUCACUUAUAGUAAGAUCAAUAUCAAUUGAUCUUACUGUACAUAUUAAUGCGCACUGAAUCUAUACUAUAAAUAAAUAUUAUAUGUACUAUAAAUGUUAUGGUGACUGAAAAUUGUUAUGGUGACAUAAAAUUAAAAGACUUAAAAGAAAAUGUCACAAAAUAUAAAAUACGUGUAUAAAUUUA